AUGGAGCCCCCGUCCCCGUCCGGCAGCGAGAGCGCCCGCCUGGUCAGCCCGCGCGGCGGCCGCGCCGACGGCAGCCUGCGCCUCAAGAGGCUGUUCGCAGGCUCCCGGGACGCCCCGGCACCGCUGCGCCCCGGGGAGGGCGGGCAGGACGCGAGGCUCCAGGCCCGGCGGCAGCUGAGCGUCGCCUGCACCGUGUGCUGCGUGUUCAUGGUUGGAGAGGUGAUAGGUGGGUACCUGGCGCACAGCCUGGCUAUCAUGACGGACGCGGCCCACCUGCUGACGGACGUGGGCAGCAUGUCCGUGAGCCUCUUCUCGCUUUGGGUCUCUGCCCGCCCACCCACCAAGACCAUGAGUUUUGGCUGGCACCGCUCAGAGACGCUGGGUGCGCUGGCCUCCGUCCUCUCCAUCUGGGUUGUCACCGGGGCUCUUGUCUACCUGGCGGCUGCACGCAUCAUCAGCAACGACUACGAGAUCGAGGCACGAGCCAUGCUGGCCACCUCUGCCAGCGCCGUGGGCGUCAACCUGGUCAUGGCCUACAUCCUGCACCAGGCCCCCGCCACCCACGGCCACGGGGGCUACGAGCAGCUGGAGAGCGUGGGGGGCUGCCUGCCCAGCCACGCUCCGCUGCCUGGCAGCACCAGCGUCCGUGCAGCCUUUGUCCACGUGGUGGGUGACCUGCUGCAGAGCAUUGGUGUCCUGGUGGCCGCCACCAUCAUCUACUUCAAGCCCCAGUGCAAGAUCGCAGACCCCAUCAGUACCCUCUUCUUCUCGGUCUUUGUCCUUGGCUCCACACUCACUAUCCUCAGGGACGUCUUCAGAGUCCUCAUGGAAGGGGCGCCGCGGGGCAUCCAGUUCGACGCAGUGAAGGAGGUGCUGCUGGCAGUGAGCGGGGUGAGGGGCACCCACGACCUGCACGUCUGGGCGCUGACGCUGAGCCACCCCGUGGUGUCGGUGCACGUGGCCGUGGAUGCCAGCGCCAACCCUGAGACAGUGCUGCGGGAAGCCACCAGCCAGCUGCAGAGCAAAUUUGGCUUCGUGUCAUGUACGGUGCAGGUGGAGCAGUACCAGGAGGAGGCGUUGGGCUGCCCGCACUGCCAGGACCCCCCGUCCUGA